UUACCUGAUCGUCACAAGAAUAGAAUGUCAAUUUUUCUCUGGGAGUAAACAAACAUACACAACCAUGAUUCUACCUUCUUCACUCUUCUUCUAGGAUUCAUCCUCUGGAGCUACUACUACUCUUGAGCAAUGCCAGUGGCCUACACAUUUCCCGUUCUCCCUCCCUCUCUGCUCAGCGGAAUCUCUAAUCGCGGCACCAGCAUCAUCGUCCUUCACCCGGAGGUUCAGAUCUCAUGUUCUCUCGUCGCGCGUUCUGAUCCCGGAGAACUCAACGGCCUUACUUUCUCUUCCCGGCGGAAGAGGUUGAAUGCCGCCGCUGCGGGUGGUGGUGGUGGUACGCAUGUCGUCGAUAACGCACCGUCUCGUACUUCUUCUCUCGCUGCAUCCACAAUCGAAAUCCCGGUUACGUGUUACCAGCUUAUCGGAGUUUCUGAAAAAGCUGAGAAAGACGAGGUGGUUAAGUCUGUGUUGAAUUUGAAGAAGGCUGAUGCUGAAGAGGGAUAUACAAUGGAAGCUGCUGCAGCUCGCCAGGAUCUUCUCAUGGAUGUUAGGGAUAAGCUUCUUUUUGAACCAGAGUAUGCUGGUAACCUUAAAGAAAAUAUUGCACCUAAGUCUCCUCUUAGAAUCCCAUGGGCUUGGUUGCCUGCUGUUCUUUGCCUUCUUCAAGAGGUUGGAGAAGAAAAACUCGUGCUGGAUAUUGGCCGGGCUGCUCUCAGGCACCUUGAUUCAAAGCCAUUUAUUCAUGAUAUAUUUUUGUCUAUGGCACUUGCUGAGUGUGCGGUCGCCAAGGAUGCUUUCGAGGCGAACAAAGUCUCUCAAGGAUUUGAAGCUCUUGCUCGUGCUCAAUCUUUUCUCAAGAGUAAAGUUACUCUUGGGAGGCUUGCAUUGUUAUCUCAGAUAGAAGAGUCCUUAGAGGAGCUUGCAGCGCCGUGCACAUUGGAUCUACUGGGCCUACCUCCCUUGCCGGAAAAUGCGGAGAGGAGACGAGGUGCAGUUGCAGCGCUACGUGAACUUCUCAGACAAGGCCUUGAUGUUGAAGCUUCGUGUCAAAUUCAAGACUGGCCAUGCUUUUUGAGCCAGGCAAUCUGCAGACUAUUGGCCACAGAGAUUGUUGAUCUUCUUCCAUGGGAUACUUUGGCCAUUACACGGAAAAAUAAAAAGUCACUUGAAUCCCACAAUCAAAGAGUGGUAAUUGAUUUUAAUUGUUUCUACAUGGUGUUGGUUGCUCAUAUAGCUGUUGGAUUUUCUGGCAAGCAAAAUGAUAAGAUUAAUAAAGCAAAGUCUAUAUGCGAAUGUCUCAUAGCAUCAGAAGGUGUUGAUCUGAAAUUUGAGGAAGCUUUUUGCUCAUUUCUUCUAAACCAGGGUUCCGAGGCAGAAGCCCUUGAAAAACUUAAGCAGCUGGAUUCAAAUUCAGACUCUGCAGUUCGUAAUUCGAUCUUGGGGAAAGAGUUGAGAAGUACUUCUGCAACACCAUCGUUGGAAGCGUGGCUAAAGGAUUCAGUGCUUGCCAACUUUCCAGACACAAGGGGUUGUUCGCCAUCUUUGGCCAACUUUUUCCGGGCUGAAAAGAAAUAUCCAGAGAACAAGAAAAUGGGGUCACCGCCAAUCAUUAAUAACAAGACGAACCAAAGACCAAUUUCCUCUAUGCAGUUCAUGAACUCGUCACAACAUCUUUAUACAGCUGUCGAGCAAUUGGCACCAACAAAUCUGCAGAGCCCAGUGGCAUCAACAAAGAAUAUUGAUGAAAGCGGUGCCAGUAGGCCAUCGGUUCAACUGAAAAGGAAUCUUGGUUUACAGCAAAAUAAAAUAUGGAAUGGCUGGUUCUCUCAGAGCAGUUUGAUCAAAAGGGUAUCUGUUGUUGCUUUACUGGGUUGCACCGUGUUCUUCUCUCUAAAGCUAACAGGUAUUCGAUCUAGUAGUAGAUUACAGAGCCUGCCUAUAUGGGGUUCUGCAAAGCCUCACUUAGAAUCAGAUUCUGGGACUUUCAGAAGAAACCCUGCUUCUGUGAACAAAAAUGGUGUCGUCAGCAACAUCAAAACACUCUUGGACAUGUUGAAGAUGCAUCAUGGGGAACAUCCGGAUGCCUUGUAUCUAAAAAGCUUCGGCACAUCAGCUACAUUGUCUCAUCCCACCUCAGAGGUACACAAAAGACCGAUGCUUACAGAAGACGCAGAAGAGCUUGUGAGGCAGUGGGAAAAUAUUAAAGCUGAAGCUCUUGGACCUACACAUCAAGUUUAUAGCCUUCCUGAAGUCCUUGACGAAGCCAUGCUUGUCCAGUGGCAAACGUUGGCACAAACAGCAAAAGCUAAAUCUUGUUAUUGGAGAUUCGUUUUGCUUAAUCUUGAGAUUUUGCAAGCACACAUAUUCACAGAUGGUAGUAUCGCUGGUGAGGUUGCCGAGAUCGAGGCCCUUUUAGAGGAAGCAGCAGAACUUGUUGACGAAUCUCAGCCCAAAAACGCAAAAUAUUACAGCACUUACAAGAUCCGCUAUACUCUGAAGAAGCAAGAGGAUGGAUCAUGGAGAUUCUGCCAAAGCGAUAUCCAAAUACAGAAAUGAUACGAUCUAACUGAAGUUGUAGCAUCAAACUAUAGGAACAUGAGUUCGUUCAUCUAGCCUUUGUUCUGGUUUAGCUAACGAUGUAAGGAAGUCUUUUAAGGUUUGUCUCUUAUUCCUUGGUAAUCCAAAGGAACGUGUCUUUGUAGAUUCUUUUGAUUUGAAUGAUGUGUUUGUGGAUUAGCCACCCUUUUGAAUUUUCUAUAAAGCGUCACCGCACCAA